AUGAAGCGGGAAUACCUUCCGCUGGGUGCCUUACUAGCCUGGCUGAGGCUGAAUGGCAUCGUCACAAAUGGCGUUGCCGUCCAAAGGGUAGGCUCAUCUGAGUCAGAGACAGACAAAGGGAAUGCAAUCCUAGCAACGGCCGACAACUCCAACAAGGAUCCUGAUGACCAACAGACCCUCCUCCAGAUCCCACGGGACUUGGUAUUAUCGUUAGAAUCGGUGCACGACUAUUCCAAAUCCGAUCGAGACCUUCGCGAGGUGCUAGAGGCCGUGGGAGAUUUUGGCAGGACAGCGAGAGGCGCUAUCAUGAUUUUUCUGCUCGUUCAGAUCACACACAACAGCUCGCAAAAGCCGCGACGUGUAGGAGUGUCUAGUCCCUGGACCGAGUACAUCAAGUUUCUCCCGUCUUCAUUCUCUUUGCCCACUUUUUGGUCGGAAGAAGAACGAGAAUUGCUGAAAGGAACGUCCCUCGAGGCUGCAGUGGAUGCUAAGUGGAGUUCACUCCAGAAGGAGUUCGAAUUCAUUCAUCAAGCUACUGAAGAUAUAGCCUGGUGUCAGCAGUGCUGGUGGGCUGAAAGUCUGGACGAAUUGACCUUUGAGGAUUGGAGAUAUGUCGACGCGGCUUAUCGAUCUCGCAUGUUGGAUCUGCCAGGAAGUGGGCAUUCGAUGGUGCCGUGCGUUGACAUGGUUAACCACAUGACUGGUGCAGCAGUGACAGCGCUAUAUGACGCGGACGUCGAAGGAAAUGCAAUUCUGAAGUUGCGCGAUAGCAAAACUUUGCAGCAAGGCGAAGAGGUGACUAUCUCAUAUGGAGAUGAGAAGUCUGCAUCGGAGAUGAUCUUCUCCUACGGAUUUCUAGAUAGUGAUAUGACGCAAACAACUCAAGUCAUGUUGCAUAUGAAUUCCCCCCAGGCUGAUCCUCUUGGCAUGGCCAAGAAAAUGAUCUGCAAAGAUACUCCUGGAAUACGUGUCUCGACCUCUCAGAUCCCAGCUACAACCGAUCUGACAUCGUCAAAUGCAUCCGGAAAGAUCGUCUGGGACAGCCCACUGAUCUGGUGGUCUAGCGUGAACGAAGAAGAUGGGCUUAAAAUCGGCAUCGCACAAACCACAGACGGGGGAAGAGAGCUGGAGGCACACUGGAAGGGCGAGAAGAUUCAAUCGUCCGAUCAGCUUCAUCAGUUCAUUACAAUUGAUCCUUUGGUGGAUAUUUUCCAACUCCGGGCUGUUGUCUUGGUGCUGGAACGAGUGGAAGCACAGGUAUCGCUUCUAAACGAAACAAACCAGGUAUUGGACCAUCUUCGCGAGAACCCGACUGCUUUGAGUGGCAUGUUUAGACCUGAGAUUUUUGAAAUGGUUACUCGACUGCGGCAGCUUGAGGGAACACUACUACAAAAGGCAGUUGAGGAGCUGAUACAGCAGAAAAACGAGUUACUCAAGUCCGAGACAGUUGCGAAGUACCUCGAGCAGGUCCAAGCAGAGGAGGUUGAGGAUUUUUCAUAG